AUUAUUGAUGUUGGUUUUAUUAUUAUGAGUUUUCUAUACCGUUUCGCUGAUCUUAUUGGCCGUCUAAAAAUCUGUCAAAAUUUGCAUUCAGAUACGAGCAAACCUUUCUCAAGGCAAACUGAAAACGCAGCUAAGAAAAUAGCCAGAAAACAAUGCACAAAUUUAUUGCUUCAACCAGCAACGGAGGUGAGGUCUUGGUUAAAUUCAUUCAAUACGAUCAUAGCAGACGGCGAAGGUGUUCUCUGGAUCUACGACAAACCAAUACCGGGUGCAAUUGAUGCUCUAAACCAAUUGAAAGCAAGCGGAAAGCAAAUCUAUGUUUGUACAAACAAUUCCACACAAACGCGUCAACAACAUACUUUUAAAGCAGAACGUUUGGGUCUCAAUAUACAUUUGCAAUUUCUUAAAUAUGCUUAUGUUAUUGGCGCUGAAGCGCUCACCACAGAAUUGGAUGCGGCUGGUAUAGUUUUACAUAAUGACAGCGGGCCAGACAUAAUGCAUGAAACUGUUGCAAAGUUUGCUACCGAAUUCCGAAAGGAAGCGAAUGUGGGUGCAGUCAUUGUUGGUUAUGACACGCAUUUCAGCUUUUGUAAGUUGGCUAAAGCUGCGACUUAUUUGAAAAAUCCGGAUUGCUUAUUUCUUGCCACCAAUGUGGAUGCAAGUUCAUAUACAGGUGAUAUGAUGUUACCGGGCACAGGUAGUUUUGUUGCGGCUAUUGAGUAUUGCACCGGUCGAAAGGCGUUCGUUAUUGGGAAACCUAGUGCAAAUAUGUGCAUGCAAUACAUCGAAACCGGCCUUAUACAACCUGCAAAUACUCUAAUGAUGGGCGAUAAUUACCAAACGGAUAUGCCAUUUGGACACAAUCUUGGCUUUCAAACACUGCUCGUUGGUACGGGCACACAUACGUGGAGUGAUGUGCUGCACUUGAAGAAGUUGAACGGUAAUUUGGCAAAGCAUUUUAUGCCAGAUGCAUAUAUACCGAAAUUUUCCGAUUUGAAUUACUUCCUGCGCCGCUAAAGUGCCAAUUUGCCAAAUAAUUUGUUUAGAGAAAAGUGAUGGGAAGCAAAAACUUAUAAAUCACAAGAAACGCAAUGUCAUUAAAUACCAGAGAAG